UAUCAGAAACACGGUUUAUCGAUGAAAAUGGAGGGUGAGCAAUAUAGAGCCCAUGUUGUGGUCCUUCCAUAUCCCAGCCAAGGCCACAUCAACCCUCUCCUCCAAUUUGCAAAGCGUUUGGCUUCCAAAGGACUCAAGGCCACGCUAGCCACAACCCGCUACACGGUCAAGUUCGUCCAUGCUCCAAACGUCGGGGUCGAGCCCAUCUCCGACGGGUUCGAUGAGGAAGGGUUCAGUCAGGCCGGGAACGAAGCCGCUUUCCUCAAGUCGUUCGAAGAGCGUGGCUCAAGAACGUUGUCUGAACUUAUAGAGAAGUACUCGAGCACGGACACCCCUGUCACUUGCGUGGUCUACGACUCCUUCUUCCCGUGGGCUCUCAAUGUGGCUAAGCAACAUGAUAUAUUCGGCGCGGCAUUCUUCACCAACUCUAUCACGAUUUCGAACAUAUUCUACCGCUUGCAUAGCGGAUUGCUCAAAUUGCCGCUCGAGUUACACGACGAGGCACUUUUGGUUCCCGGCUUGCCUCCGCUCAACUCGUGGGACCUCCCGAGUUUUCUUCAGUCGCCAGGAAGCUACCCUGCUUACUUAGCCAUGAAGCUGAGACAAUUCACUAACACAGACAAGGCUGAUUGGACAUUUGGAAACAGCUUCGAGGCACUGGAAUAUGAGGAAGCAAAGAGCAUAUCAGACCUUUGGCCAGCAAAGUUGAUCGGUCCAAUGGUUCCGUCUACAUACUUGGACUGUCGCAUAGACAAAGACGAUGCGUAUGGCGCGAGCUUAUGGAAGCCGUUAAACUUUGAGUGCGCCAAUUGGCUCGAGACAAAGCUGCCUAAAUCGAUUGUAUACGUCUCCUUUGGAAGCAUGGUUUCAUUGACCGCGGAGCAAACAGAGGAGAUUGCAUGGGGACUAAAGGAAAGCGGCUUCCCUUGCCUAUGGGUGGUGAGGCCUUCCGAGCUCGAUAAAUUGCCGCAAGGGUUCGGGGAAUUAGUUCAAGAAAAGGUCAUGAUCGCCACGUGGUGCAACCAAUUGGAAGUCCUGGCCAACCAAGCCACGGGGUGUUUCAUGACGCACUGUGGGUGGAACUCGACUCUCGAAGGGCUCAGCAUAGGGAUCCCGAUGAUCGGGAUCCCCCGGUGGGCCGAUCAAUUUACCAACGCUAAGUACGUGGAGGAGAUUUGGGAAGUAGGAGUGAGGGCCAAGGAGGAUGAGGAGGGAGUUGUGAGGAGGGAGGAGGUUAUUAAGAGUCUGAAUGAGGUGAUGAGAGGAGAGCGAAGCAAUGAGAUCAAGAGGAAUGUAAGGAAAUGGAGGGAAUUGGCUAAGGAAGCGAUCGGUGAAGGUGGGAGCUCUGACCGGUGCAUCAAUGAAUUUGUGGAGCACUUGACGUCUCAUGUGAAAGGAGGCAGACAAGUCUGUUGAGGGUCAUUAUCAAGUCUCAGAUUGAGUGAUUCUAGGUUUUCAUGUUCUCUAUUGUUUGUUGGCAUUGUUGUUUUUAGUUUCCUUUGUUGUCCAAUCAAUUUCAUUUAUAAAAGCAACGAAACUUUGAAACGUUGCCUAUUACUUCUU